UGGCUUUUCAAGAUUUUGGGGUGUCGAAAUUUUCAAAACAGACUACGUUUUCUGGUCAGAUUUUAAGGUUUCUGUGUCCGUGCACCCCCCGUGCCGAAGAAUGUCCCCGCAACGGUUCCAAUACUAGGGAGGUGGUUCUACAGCGAGUGAGUGAGUUGUACGUUGUGGUUUUUCCCUCAAGGGUGAAGGAAUUUUUGGUGACGAAACAGCAGGAAGUUUUGCUUGUGGGCUUGCAUAACGUAGCAGCAGCAAGAUGCCCUUGGACAGUGGCAUCGUAGGUAUUUCCGGGAAUCCGGUUGGGGCGGCGGCCGCCGCGGCAGCAGCUGCUGGGGGAAGCGCAAGUGGGGCAUUGGCGCAGACGCCGAGUGGUUCCUCGGUCGUGAGUGGGAAGAUGGCUGCGAAGCGCUCGUUGAAGCUGUCGAGCCUGGCCGAUGACAUGCUGGCGGCCUCCGGAAGUGGGCAUCACCAGCAGCAAGAGGAACCGUUCCGGGCGCGGCUGCACCAACUGUUUGCGCAGAUCGAGCGCGAGUUUGAGCUGCUGCACGCGGAGAAUUUGAACUUGCAAGAAAAGCUGGAAGCGGUGGCGGGGACACCCCGGGAUUCGACGGUGGGUGAGCGGCUGUUGCCGCUGCAGGAUUCGUACGAGGCGGACGGGGCCGGCGUCAACAAGAGCUUCAAAUCGAAGCUGAGCGCCGGAAGUAAGGUCAAAGCUAGUCACAAAAUCCGGGCGCAGACCAGCCGAAUAGUGUCGAGCUUCAAGGCGCAAUCGGUGGUCAGCUCGUUGGUGCGGGAAUUUGUCGGCCACAAGGACGGAGUGUGGCAGGUCAGCACGAAGGCUGGCCAACCCAUAAUUGGAACUGCUUCGGCGGAUCACAGCGCGGCAAUCUGGGGAAUUGAUUCCGGACGGUGCUUGCUACAGUAUACGGGCCACUGUGGGUCGGUCAAUUCCAUCAAGUUUCACCAGAAUCGUGAUCUGGUGCUGACCGGAAGUGGUGACGCCACGGCACACAUCUGGCAAGCGGCCGUCAACUGGGAAACGCCAGCCCGGAAGGGCCAUUCCUCCGAAGAAGAGCUGGACGAUGAGGAGGAACCGUACGAGGAGAAGGAACGAAUCGACGUGCUGAGGACACCGAUUUGCGAGUUUUCCGGCCCGGGCGGACACACUUCCGUAGUGGUCGCGGCAGAUUGGCUUCCCGGCGGAGACCAGGUCAUCACGGCCAGCUGGGAUCGCACGGCGAUUUUGUGGGAUGUUGAGACGAGGGAACCGCUGCAGCCGCUGUGUGGCCACGACCACGAACUGACGCACGCUUCGGCCCACCAAAGUCAACGCCUGGUCGUCACGGCCUCGCGGGAUUCAACCUUCAGGCUGUGGGACUUUCGUGACAACAUUCCGGCCGUGUCCGUGUUCCAGGGACACACAGAGAGCGUCACCUCGACGGUCUUCACCCGCGACGACAAGGUCGUGUCCGGUUCGGACGACCGCUCCGUCAAGGUGUGGGAGCUGCGCAACAUGCGCUCCGCACUAACGACCAUCCGGACAGAUUCCGCCGUAAAUCGGCUCGUGGUGUCCUCCGGUGGGGUGAUCGCGAUCCCGCACGACAACCGCCACAUUCGGCUGUUUGACCUGAACGGGCAGCGGAUUGCGCGAUUGCCGCGGACGAGCCGCCAGGGCCAUCGCCGGAUGGUUUCUUCGGUGGCCUGGACCGAGGACGUUAGCUCGAGCUCGUGCAAUCUGUUCUCGUGCGGGUUCGAUCGGCGCGUGCUCGGCUGGGCCGUGUGCCUGCCGCCCAAGGACAACUGAGUUUAGGCUGUUGUUUGAUCGACCUUAAAUCGAAUUGUUGUUGUGUAUUUUUUUUUCUCGUUAUAUCGAAUCCGUUGCUCUUGCUCAUUUAGCUCGUUUAUUUUGUCGGUGUUUAGUAUUCUUAUCGUGACAAGGCUUUUAGUUUCUAAUUCAACUUACACCGGUAGUCGGAGUGGUGAACUGUGCACUAAAAAGACUUAAAAAAAACCAAAAAAAUAUAUAUUCAAAGGAUUGGGUCAACUUGAAUCUCAAUUUUAGCAUUCUAUUCAGGGUGAUUUGAGGAAAUUACAAGAGCACGAAUCGCAUUCAUCAGGGACAGAGAGAUCUAUUUAGUAGAAUUUUACACCCCACCAACCCUAACAAAAAGUAGUAAACCAACCAACUUUGGCGAAUGUUUAAACGAAAGAAAACUUUUUAAUCGCAACAUUUUGUCUCCAAUCAUAACACCCAUUAGCACACAUACAGACACGGUAGUUUAAGGAACUAAAUGGUGUUUUAUUUAGCGGGUUCACACUAACUUUACUUCUUGUUGUAGAAAAAGUUACGAUUCAUUUUUUCUUUGCAAAGUCGCAAACAUGCGAAUAAACUGUGAUUAAUGCAUCUUUGAAUUUGGUUGCCAUACAGAAACACACACACACACUUUGAAUAAUAAAAAAAAACAUUCUUGGACAACAGCGUCUAAUGACACAGCACACACAUUGUACAUUUUUAACCGGAACCAUGCGUAUAUGUAAGAAUAACAUGUAACUUGGUGUUUGCGAGAGCAGUUUUAAAUGGUUCGAUCUCUAAUUGUGUAAUCUUUCAAUAUGACAGUGUGAAAUAAUUCAGCAUAACAAAUAUCAGGAUCAGGAUCAGGCGCGCUGUUUCGAACAGAUAAAAAACAAUAUAUCAUUUUCAACGCUACCGAAAUCAAUGUGGGCAAGAAAUAUCACGAUCACGAAAUUAUGUGCGUACGAUCAACACUGUUCAAGAAAAUAUAUAUAUAAUCAUAAUAAAAGGAUAUUGAAAUUCAUUCUU